AUGCCUGAAUCUGUAGGUGUGAUUGGUGCCGGGUUGGUGGGCUGUCUUACUGCCAUCGCGCUGGCCAAGCGGAAUUUUGAUGUCACUCUUUUCGAUUAUCGACAAGAUCCCAGACUUACAACAACUUCAGACAAGAACCUUAGAUCCAUUAAUCUGGCAAUUUCUGCUCGAGGAAUCGAGUCACUACAGUAUGUAGAUAAAGAGAUAAGUGAAAGAGUUCUAAAAGACAUAAUUCCAAUGCACGGGCGUAUGAUCCACGACCGCGCUGGAAAUCAGGAAUCUCAAAAUUACGGUUUAUUUGGGGAAUGCAUCAAUUCAAUAGAUCGCGGUGUUCUUAACAACAGCUUACUCGAUGAAGUGGACAAAAUCAGUAAUAUUCACACUAAAUUCGGCCAUAAACUAUCACAAGUCAAGUUCAAUCUACAGUCCAAGCAAAGCUGUACCUUUAUGGCUGACAGCAGCAAAGCAUCGUAUGACUUUGAUUUCAUAGUCGGCUGUGAUGGUGCAUACUCUACAACGCGGUCGCAAAUGCAGCGCGAUAUAAGAAUGGACUAUUCUCAGGAAUACAUCGACUGCUGUUACAUUGAACUGUACAUUGCACCAGCCAAGGUCCACAAUACCGAAUUUAAUGGGCCAUUCGCGAUAUCCCCAAAUCAUUUGCACAUCUGGCCUCGUCACAACUAUAUGCUUAUUGCGCUUGCCAACGGUGAUGGCUCAUUCACGUCUACUUUUUUCGGUCCAUGGUCGUUGGUGGAAAGCUUGGACACACGGGCAAAAAUUCAAGAGUUUUUGAUGUCUAAUUUCCCAGACGCUUUGGAGCUAAUUGGGACCAAGCAAGCUGUUGAUGCUUUUGAAAAGAACCCUCGCGGUGCUUUGAUGUGCGUAGAAUGCAAGCCGUAUCACUUGGAUAAUGGCCGAGCAAUCAUUCUGGGUGAUGCGGCGCACUCCAUGGUUCCCUUUUACGGCCAGGGUAUGAACUGCGGCUUUGAGGACGUUAGAGUUCUAAUGCAGCUUUUGGAUAAACAUGAGGGUGACCGUACUGCUGCUUUUGCUGAGUACAGCCAGAAACGUCAUACAGACCUCGUCUCAAUAAUUGAGUUAGCGAAGAACAAUUACAAAGAAAUGUCCCACAGCGUAACUUCAAACUUGUACUUGAUGCGUAAGAAACUCGACACUAUGCUAGGAAGACUAUUCAGAGAUAAGUGGUUGCCGCUGUAUACCAUGGUUUCUUUCAGGGCAGAUAUCCCCUACCAUAUGGCCAUUGUAAUCGAGCAGAAACAGAAAAAAAUCCUGAGCUAUCUUCAGGCGAUUAUAAUUGCUGCCAUGGCAGUUGGAGGCCUUGGAAUGUACAAGGUAUUGAGAAGGACGCUCAAGAACUACAAAUAA